AUGGCUGCUACUAUGCAGGCUACGGCUACGGCGUUAGGAGAUCAUCCCGGUAAUAGGAACGGGGGUAAUGGAGGAAAUGGGCCGAUGACCUUAGCAACCUUCAUGAAGAUCAAUCCACUAGUCUUUAGAGGAACCACUAAUCGAACGGAAGCUGAUAAUUGGUUCAAGGCAAUGGAACAAGCGCUACAAGUGCAACAAGUGCUGGCAGAGCAUGUGUGGAGUUUACCACUAACCAGAUGGUGGGUAAAGCUCAGCAUUGGUAGUUGGAAGCCCGAUGCCUACUACAUUAAGACGGCCAAGGAGCUCGAGUUAUUGCAGUUGAAGCAGGAUUCAAUGUCGGUAUCUGAGUACACCAGUCAAUUUGAGGAACUGUGUCGGUUCUCCAGGAUUUUUCAGGGUGCUUGA